AUGACAUCAAGUCUUUCAGCUAUAUUUAGUUAAAGAAACAAAAAGAGCAGAGACUUUACUGAAACGUUUUAUACUAAGGUCUCAAAAUUUGUUUCUAGGAUAAAAUUUCCCCACAUUAGAUCUGUUUCUGGAUCUCAUUAAAAAAAUUCAAUUGAUCAUGGAGUGAGAUCACCAAUGAAAAUAGAAAGCUUUAAAGCCCUAAACCAAACUAUUAAAGAAGAUUAGAUAAAUGAGUGCUUGAAUAUUUUAGAUGAAACCAAGAAUGAGAAUGAAUUUUUGAUUGAUGGAAUUGAAAAAUAUGACUAUUCUAGGUCAGAUAAUUUUGUUUUGAAAUUGACUGAUAUAAUUCAAAAGUAAAAUGAUGAGAUACAAAAACUCCGCAAAAAGCUACAGAAAAAGAUUAAUGGAAGAAAACCGAAGUCUGAAGGAGAAAUUACAAAUACUUGA